UAGAAUGGAAAAUUAUAAUUAGCGUCUGUGUCAUUAACUUACCUCGACAGCAAUCCAGCACGUUGGGACCCUUUUCAUCAGAAAGUCCUUGAUAUUCUUGUCAAGAUGUCAAUAACAGAACUUCCACCAUCUAAUGAUGAAGGACCUGGGCAGCUCGCUAUCGAAGAAGAGGAUGAAGAGGACAUUGAUGAAACUUUAAGAGAAAGAUUGAUAGGACUUACUGAAAUGUUUCCGGAAAACGUGCGAACUGUCUGUGGGAAUGCUGCUACAUUUGCCAUGGCAGCCUCCAAGGCUAGCUAUGGCUUCACUCGCAGUGCUCUGUGGGUGGUAGCAUCAGCAGCCACCAUCCUUACACUGCCUGUGGUGUUUGAGUCGGAGCGAGCACAACAUCAAGAGAUGCAACGUGAGCAGGAGAGACAGAUACUUCUUGGACCCAAUGCAGCCAUGGCUGGUUCUGGUGCCAAUCUUUAUCCAGGAAUGAUGCCCCAGAUGUCUCCCCCUCCUGGGGCCUCUUAAAAUGCCUGCUGCUGGCCCACAAAGUCAUUUUGUUGAAGGAGUAACAAUUUUGUUACAGGCUGGAUUGAUGAUCAAUAGCAAAAAACUUAUUUUUUUCAUAAAAGUCUUUUUUUCUCUCUAUCUCUCUCUUCAAUGUUAAAAUAUUUAAAAUAAUAGGUUACUCUUCAAGUAUUGUGAUAUUUUGUCCUAGACAUAUGAAAUAAUUACUUAGUUUUUAUGAUAGAUUUCAGUGGUUGUCACAACACCACAUUCAUGAAUAUAAAGAAUUUUUGUAAAACAUUGGAAUUCCCAGAGUUGUCUUCUGCUGACACUAAUUGGUUAUUUUACAAUUGAUAUUUAUAGACCUUACUAUAUUUGGUAGCACAUUAAGUCAAGGAUUCAUCUCACAUGUGAUCGACAUAAAAAUAUACAAAAUUUACGACAAAAACAAUAUCUUACAUACCUGUACAUGCUUCACGCAUACAGAAAUUGACAUUAAUUAAAGUACUUAUAUCAAGGUUAUUGCUUCAUAUUUCUUGGCUUGUUUAUUAAUAAAGUUGCAGUUUUCUUGAAUAACCUGAUGUUAAAUGAAUAUCUCUGUUUCUAAUUUCAAUAUAUCCCAAGUGUAUGUUAAUUACAAUUUCAUCUUCAUUCACAAUACAAAAUUAAGGUCAUAGCUAUAAGUAACAUGACAGACUCUUUUUUCAUUACGAUUGGUGUUUAUUCAUGUAAAAGAUAGUUUAUAAUUGUGAUAGAUUCUCUUAUCAAUUUUAUUGAAAUUAUGUCAAGUUAAGUAUCCAGGUAGAUUGUGUGAACAUUUAGAACAAACACAACUUUAACACUGGUAGGUAGGAGGAAAUCUCGAACAUCGCUUUAUCACCAACCAAAUAUAGUGUCCCCAACAACUUUGGUUUGAAGCAGGAAUAAAGAGCAAGAAGAAGAUCAACUGUCAUAUUUUCAUAAGUACAUAGAAGAUGAAAGCUUUGUCUAGAUUUUCCUAUACAAGCCUUUGUGAUGUGUGUAUAAACAUAUUUUUCCUAAUCUAAAUCUUUUUCAAGUUUGAAUUUAUCUAUAAACAGAUUAUCUCUUUAAGAUAUUAAUCAAUUGUUGUCCAGUAGCUGUUGAAUAUGUUUUGAUCCGGUGAUAUUUUUCCUUGUCUCUGAAAAAAACCUAUGAUAUAUGAUGAAUGGAGCUAGAUAACACAUGAUAGACUAGGAAUGGAGGUAAAUAAUGAAAUGCAAGUUAAAAUUUUCAAACAGACAAAUCCUCUAUAUUAUUUUUUCAUCCUGGAAAGCUGUAAAUGUACUUCAUUCAAUGUUAUUAUGCAUGACAUAUCCACAAUUUGGAGUUAACAUAUCUAAUUCAAGGUCUAUUGGUUUCAAAAUCUGGAUAAAUCUAUUUGACAUCUAUUACAGUCUGAAAACAUUUCAAGACAAAAAUUCAGACUGCAACAACUAGACUGGGGCUACUUCUUCAGCAGUGGGCAGCCUAGUUUUAAAAACACAGGUUGGAAUUUAUAAUUACUUGAUCCAUAUUGAUAUCGGUAAAUAUGUUAAGUAACUUUAGACAUUUUUCUAUCAAAAUAAAAUUCAGAUAAUAUUGUUUAUCCAAAGACUGGGACCAAAAUGGGAGACCGAUCUAUCAAGCUACUCAGUAUAUACACAACCAACACUUUGGUCCCUGGAUAUAAGACAAGUCCUGGACAGAAUUUGUUGCUUGUUAAGCCAGCCUAUUUUAAUGAUAGUAUGUUGAAACAUUAUUUGCAUGUUACUGUGUGAAUGGUGUAAUGAUUUUUGUAUGUGUACAUGUCCGUGAGUGUAUAAAUAAAAUUUAAAAUCUUUA